CUAUAUUUUCAAAUGUGCGUGGAGAGUCACGUGGGGCGAAGCGAGUUAGGCCCCAAGGAGCCAAGCCAUGCUGGGGUUGAGGAAGGAGGAGAAACUUCGCGCUUGGAGGCCACCGGCUUGACGCGCAAUCGACUCACAUUUUCGGAGCGCCAUCGAAAUCUGUUUGGGAAGCGUCCUCCUAACUCCUGGGAGGAGAGGGCUGGCCGAUGUCCCAAGAGGGAAACCCGCAUCCCACUGGGCCUGGAGAAGGUCCAGAGUUGGGCGCAGAAAAAGACAAGGGCUCCUCGUGGAUCGUGCGCCCUCCAGAACAUUGUGAUGGUGACAGAACAGCUGCAGGAGAGCGAGACAUAACAGAGCCUUCAAAUAAGCAAAGCGUACAAGCCAAUACACAAGACCAGCCUGUUUUGGGAAAUUGCACUGGUGGUGAUCUCAUCAGAACACAACCUCAACGUUUGCCUCUACCAAAUGCUGUGCCACUUGAAAAGUGUAAGGAAGAAACUGGCAAAAUACAAAAUGGCCAUGCAUGUCCGAAUCAUGGGAGUGGAUUUCGCAAUGGAGUCAAACCUGGCAUACCAGAUGGCAGCAGAAGGUUCUCAGCUCCUGUUUCCCAAAAAAUGCACAAAAAAAUCCAGUCCAGCUUAUCUGUUAACAGUGGAAGCAGCAAGAAAAGCACUGCAUAUUCACAUAAAGCAGGUUCUUUACCGGAAGAUUGCUGUGUGCACUGCAUCUUGGCCUGCUUGUUCUGCGAAUUCAUCACCCUUUGUAGCCUUGUCCUGGAACAAGCGUCUUGUGGUAUCUGCCCGGCCGAAGCUUGCUGCUGCUGCUGCGGAGAAGAAAUGGGAGACGACUGCAACUGCCCGUGUGACAUGGACUGUGGCAUAAUGGAUGCUUGUUGUGAAUCAUCGGACUGUUUGGAAAUCUGCAUGGAGUGCUGUGGGAUUUGUUUCCCAUCAUGAUAAGUUCUUAUUUAUCCUUUAUAUUAUUUUUAUCUUGUAAAACAAUUGAGAGAUCGCUGAUGUUUUGUAUGUGUGUGUGUGUGUGUUUAAAGACAUCCUUUCAAAUGACACUGUUAAAUGCCCUCACAGCAACCUAGUUAUGUGCACUGUUGACAUCAUUCUAAAGAAUAGUUGAAGGAAUGCAAGCCGGUAAGAACAAAUGUGUCCUACGAUUCAUUUUCUGUGCUUUUCCUACAGUAAUGGAAGCAACCAUUUCAUCAUCAUUGUGUCUUGAUAAAGACAUAACACUGAGCCCUUUAGAAGUGCCUGAUUCCCCCCCCCCCCCAUUAUGAAUUGAUCACCUCUUUGUUACUAAGUGCCUAUAAGUGUUCAAAAGCAAUAGGGUUAGAGUAAACCAUUCCCACUAAUGAUUUCUCAGUGACAAAUACAGGUUGAGUAUCCCUUAUUUUGAAUUUUGAAAGCCUUCAAAAUCUUCCACACUUGAAAUAGUGACACCUUUGCUUUCUGGUGGUUCAAUGUACACAAACUUUAUUUCAUACAUAAAAUUAUUAAAAUAUUGUAUGUAACAUUACCUUCAGGGUGGCGCCCCUGGUUUUAUUUAUUUCGUGUCAAAAGCAUUGGUACAGCAAAUACAUUUCAAAUAAUGGAAAUAAAUAGAAAAGAAAAGAAAUCACAAGCAACUAAAUAGUUUUGGACCAAAAGCGGGCAACAGCAACCGCAUUGUCUGUAGCUUUAAACAACUCCUCCUCCGUACAUGAGGCAGGGCAUUGUGGGCAAGCAUACAUAUGCGGAGUUGUUUGUUCAGCUCCACAGUCACACAAGGUGGAGGAUUCCUCCAGGUAGUGCCACCUUGCCAAGUUGUCUUUUGAUCUGCCCACUCCACUUCUGAGUCUGUUCAGGGACUUCCAAGUUGCCCAUUCUUGGUUUGCCCCUGGUGACACAGUGGGUUAAACCCUUGUGCUGGCAGGACCUCUGACUUGAAGGUUGGGUUGCUGACUGAAGGUUGCUGGUAAGUGCAGGAAGAGUGCAGAUGAGUUCCCUUUAUCAGCUCCAGCUCCAUGCGAGGACAUGAGAGAAGCCUCCCAUAAGGAUGGUAAAACACCAGAAGCGACUUGCAGUUUCUCAAGUCACUCCUAACACAAAAAAUCCCUUCAGGGUAUGUUUGUAAGGUGUAUGUGAAACAAAAAUCAUUUCCUGUUUAGACUUGGGUCCAAUCUUAAAAACAUCGCGUUAUGUAUUCCAAAAUUUGAAUGCGAAAUGCUUUUGUUCCCAAGUACUUUAGAUAAGAGAUUCUCAACCUGUAUUAGCUUCUGCUUUAAAACAAACUAUUUUUCAAUGUAACUGCUGUAUGUUCUUCAUGUUUUAACUGUAAUGUGAAAAAAUACUUGUAUUUUGCAUACAUUAAGUCUUUGUAAGGUACAUCAGUAAUAUUCUGAUUGAUCGUUUACAGAGCUUGAACAAAUUUAUUUACAGGAUACAAGGAGACUUUUCCAAAAUCCUCUUUUUUACAGUAUGUUCCUGUAUAGGUCUUUCCCAAAGUAAACCUCAUACAAGUUAGAACAGAAUUGCAGUCUUAAAGGCCUGCCAGGUUAUUUUUAUACUUUUUGUAAUGAUUUAAGAGACAUGAAUGAUGUGCAUGAGGACAAUACAUACUGCCUUGGCUGCCAACCCAUCUCCUCCACUAACAACAAUGGGUUAAAACUGGCUGUCUGAAAGGAAGUGAAACUAGAUUAUUAUACGAGAAGUGAUUCACCAUACAAAGAAUAAGAUUCUGGUAAUUUUUUCUGAAGUUUUGAAAUGGGUGGAGACUGGAGACUUCAUGAAGUCUUUGAAGUUCUCUCAAGCACUAAAACCUAAGCUAUUUUGUGUGAGAGUUGGUACUGUAUUUGUGUCCAUUGGCUAUACAGUUGCUUUGUUCUUUCCUGGAAAUUCAAGGAACCAGCAGCUGAUGGCUUUCAAACCAGCACCAGUCCAGGGACCACAAAUUGGAUUGGCACUACUCUAAAGGGGAUGGAAUAUCAUGCUCUGGCUUAAAGUGAUGGUUCUUUACUGAAUGUUUAUGAGUAUAUUUUAUAUUCAAUUGUAAUAAAUACUUCUGGUGAUAUAAUGGAAAUUCAGACUGAGCAUGGUGCCAAUUUAUCUCAACAUUUUGAGGAGUUUUCCUUGUGAUUAUUUAGCCUUCCUGGUAAUCCAGGUUGUUAAUUGUUAGUACCAAUUUCCCAGUGAUGUGCUGCCUUGGGUUAUUUUUGGCCCAAGUUUGUAGAUCGUGUUUUUCUUUUUCAGUUCCAAACAGAGCAUCAGCCAUUUGUUUUCAUUGUAAAGAUGUAGAAGAAUGGAAGGUGAAGACUGAACUUACAAACACUGAUUUACCAAUGCUUACUACUGAGUUGUUACUGAAAAAAAAAAAGGAAAACAUAACAAGAUCAUUCCAUAUUUUCUGGAACUACUUGUUUGCUUCUAUCAUAUACUCAUGCAGAGCAAAUAUCUUUCUUUGUUCUGGGAGCUGUUAUUCCCAUUUAUUGCUACUACAAGAAUAAGAUUAUAUCCUGAACUUUCAUCUGUUGUACUUCACAGGGAAAAGAAAUAUCAUUACAAAUUUGGGUUGGAUCCAGAUCUACGUUUGAAGACUAGAGCUGGGGCGGGGGUGUCUGCAAGCAGGUAGGGAGAGGUGGGGAAAUUGGUUUCCAUAUUCAAAACAUCUAAAGGAGGUAGGUUAUUUGCAUCCAACCCAAUGAUUUUACACUGGUGUCAUUUCAUUAAUAUUUUAGUAACAGAAAAUUUUAUAGCAGAUGUAAAUGGAAGAGAACAGAAAGCUCAAACCAGCAAGAGAUGAGUGGUCUGAAGUAUACCUGAAACUGCAGACGCAUGUUAAGUUAAAUAGCAGUGCCUGGAGGGAUGUUGUCUUUCCCCCCUCUAUUUCUUUCAGUAUAACACCUUUGAAGAUGUGAUAGUACCAUAGUAAUCAAGAGGGAGUCAUAGCACAUUGGGAAGUCUUUUCUGUUGCAGAAUUGGGAAGUGUGCAUGUAUUUUGGAAAAGGGAAAGAUACCCUUCCUCAAGCAAACAUCCUUUCACUUAUUUAUAAGGCAUAGUAGACUAAACUAGGUUGCCUCAUUCUUUGAUAAUACCAGGCUAAACAAAGAGUAUAUUUGAGAAACUGUAGAACAACUUCGCUGAUUUUUGUGUGUGUGCCGCAACCAUCAUUAUAUGUCUUUGACUUUUACAGAAGAAUAUUAUGAAUUAAGCUUUUAUUAACCAGGACUGUUGACUCUUGAAAAAUGAAUUUACUGUACUGUUGUGAUUUGUAAUAGAUAUAUCUGUACAGAUUAUGUUUUCAUCAUCUUUAAAUAGUAUUUUUAUAACUUUUUGUGUGUCAUUGUUAAGUUCAGUCAAGAAAAUUCUAGAAAAAAUAAUUGGUAAUGUUAAUAUUUUUAAAAAUGCGAUAAAAUUGUUUUCUGUUUUGUCAUUUGUGUGAAAACAUUCCAGUAUUAUAUUUCCUUAUGCACUUUUCAGAUGGCCAGGAAUUAUUAGAUUAUCUGUUUUUCCCCCAAAUAAAUCUUGACUGUCUAGUUUGUUUGACGUGCUAAAUAGCUCUUACUGCUAUGUAUCGUGGAAAUAUUAGUAGUUUGUGAAAUUUUUUCUCUGCAAGAGAGCAUACUAGCGUAUAGUUCAAGAUCUUGUCUUUAUGUCAUUUCUUAAAAUUCUCCAUCAUGAUGUUUUUCUCAAUUCAAACCAUCUCUAAGGAAGCUGUAUAUAAAAAGGGUGGAGUUUCCCCCCCCCCCCCCUAUCUAACCUUUUCUGUUAACUGGAUCAUUGAUAUAAAACACUAUAUGGAAAUAAAGAAAUUUAUUUUGA